CUUGAUAAUAGAACUUCUAACCUUGAUGACUUUAUGAAGCUUCUUUAUCACUUUUUUGACGCUUGUUGUUAUGACAAGUUGUCUUGUUUUCUGAGUAAAAGGUUGACUUUUUUUAAAUUUGGAUUUCCAUCACAUCACAGAGAUUUCACCACUGUGUUCACUCCAAAUUAAUGUCUUCUGAGUACCAGAGGAGGACUCACCAUGUGGCUAAAAGGUUUUAUAAGUAACCAUGUCAACAUGAAACUUCUGAAGACCUGUGUCAUCCUUCUCCUUUUGACUGUGUUGUUCUUUACACUAAGAAACAUGGACCUGCUCGAGCUAAAUUAUAAAGAAAACUCUGCCAUCAUCAACAAGAAAGUGACCUCUACUCAGCCCACUGUUCCUCCCACUGCUCCCCACACUGCUCCUCCAGUGCCUGACAACUUCUGCACCUUCAAGCCACUGUCUUCUGCAGAAGUUGAGGAGGAGCGUCUCAUAUUGGAGUCCAUUGCUUGGCCUGAAACUCCUCCUCUGCCAGCUCCUUUUUCAUUGAAUCAGACAAGUGAUGCAGCCCACAGCACCUUCACCAUUCUCCCAGGGGGGGUUGGAGAUGAGCGGCAUGUAGGAGACCAGCUGGAAGUUAUGAUAAAAAUGUACGACUUCCAAGGUAACCCCAAGAAGUCUGGAGGAGAUGCAAUUGUUACCCGUUUGCACAACCGGGCACUUGAAGCAGGUGUGGCUGGACGAGUGGUGGAUCACCUUAAUGGCUCCUACUCUGCUGUAUUCUCUUUACUCUGGGAAGGAAGUGCACAGGUUGAGGUGACGCUUGUCCACUCAAGCGAGGCUAUCACAGUCCUCCGUAGGCUAAGCAGAGAACAGCCUGAUAGGACUAUCUACAAGAGCGUCUUCCGCUCAGGUUCAAUCUCUGAAACUACCAUCUGUAAUAUUUGUCUACGUCAAACCAACCAGCCACAGUGCAACUACACUGACCUCCAUACUGGUGACCCGUGGUUCUGCUACAAGCCAAAGAAACUGAGCUGUGAUACCAGGAUGUACCACAUAAACGGAGGAAUGGGUAUAAAACUCAAGGCUAAUGAGGCAAACCUUUUCGAAAGCAAUGUCAACAUGCAAGUCUUCAUUCAGGCUUCAGGACCGGCCAAUGUUACUGUGCUGCCUCAAAGGAAAGAGCAACCCAUGGAUAGUCAAGGCAGUGGGAAGUCUGGACUCUCUGGGUAUUACUACCAGGGUGUGUGGCGAUCACUAGGUGGCACCAAAGUCCACCAAUUCAACAACUCCUCUGCCAUCAGUCAGUGUCUGAAAGGAAAGGAGGUCCACAUGUAUGGAGACUCCACCGUCAGGCAGUGGUUUGAGUACCUUGAUGCUUCACUUCCAGAUGCUAAAGAGAUAAACCGGAAUAAUCCGAAGAGAUUAGGACCUUUCAUGAUAUGGGACAAUGCAAAAAACAUCUUGGUGAAGUUCCGCUUCCACGGUCCUCCUCUUAGUAUUUCCGUCCUUAUCCCAACCAGUGAGCUGCGUUACAUUGCCAAUGAAAUAGAUGAUGUAGUUGGUGGCCCCAACACAGUUAUAAUUUUUGGUAUCUGGGCCCACCUCACUCCUUUCCCAAUGCAAUUCUACAUCAGAAGGCUUUACGGCAUCCGCAGGGCGGUGAUUCGUCUGUUAAACAGGGCUCCAGACACGCUGGUGGUCAUCAGGACUCCAAACCUCAGAGGUACAAACCCCUAUAUAUUUGCCUUUAAUGACUGGUAUGCUAUUCAACAGGACAAGGUGGUCAGAGCUGUGUUCAAAGGACUUAAUGUUCAGCUGGUGGAUGCCUGGGAGAUGGUUCUGGCCCACCACCUGCCUCACUACAUUCACCCACCUCCUCCCAUCAUUAAGAAUAUGGUUAACAUUAUAUUGUCCCACAUGUGCCCCCAAUAGUGCAUUUAAUAAUAAAAAUAACUUUAUUUAUAUAGCACUUAUCUAAACAAGGUUACAAAGUGCUUUACAGAAUGCAUUCAAUCAAACAUAAUAAAACAUACAUGAAAAGUGCUUCACAAAAGAAUCAGGAUAAAACAUUGGUGAGUUAUAAAAAUGUAUUCAAUGAAUUAAAGCAGGACAUUAAUUACUAAUCAAUCGUUAAAAAGGCCUUCUUAUAAAAAUGUGUUUGGAGCAAGGAUUUCAAAAUAGGAACAGUUUGCCAGCCUAAUUUCUACGGGUAGGGAGUUCCAGAGCUUAGGUGCUCUGAUGGCAAAUGCCCAGUCGCCCUUGGUAACCAGCCUAGAUCUAGGAACGACUAAUAAAGGUGCUCUUGAUGAUCUAAGAUUUGGCUCGGAGCAUCAGGGGUUAAAAGUUCUUUAAUGUAAGGGGGGGGAGGGGGGGUCUAGACCGUGUUGUGUUUUAAAAGUUUUUAAAAUAAUUUUUAAAUCGACCCUGUAAGUAACGGGCAGCAAAUGGAGGGAGGAAAGGAUUGGGGUAAUGUUUGACCUGCAGUUUGCAUUUGUUAAAAUCCGAGCAGCAGCAUUCUGCACUUGCUGGAGGCUGGCCAUUGAGGACUGACUAAAGUGAAAAGUGAGUUGCAGUCGCCCAAACGUGAAAAGACAAAGGCAUGAAUAAGCUUCUCUAGAUCAGGGAAAGACAGAGUUGAUUUAAUUUACUAAUGUUUCUUAGCUGGAUGUAAUUAUUAUUAUUGAU